CAUGGGUUGGAUUCCCUGUUCUGGAAGUUCAAACACUAAGAAGAAGCUAAAGAAGAGGUUAGAGAAGAUGGAAGUGCAGAACAGUCUUGUUGAUCCGAUCAAAACCACCCCAGGGAAGUUGAAGAGGAAUUCAUCCAUGAAUUCCAAAGAUUCCACUAAAAAUGGAAACCCGGAUCACAUUGCUGCACAGACAUUCUCAUUCCGUGAGUUGGCAACUGCUACUAGAAACUUCAGAGCUGAAUGUCUUUUGGGUGAGGGAGGCUUUGGCAGAGUCUACAAGGGGCGUUUGGAAAAUAUUAAUCAAAUUGUUGCAAUUAAACAACUUGACCGAAAUGGACUACAAGGGAACAGAGAAUUCCUUGUUGAAGUUUUGAUGUUAAGUCUUCUUCACCACCCUAACCUUGUCAACCUGAUUGGUUAUUGUGCUGAUGGAGAUCAAAGGCUUCUAGUUUAUGAAUUUAUGUCAUUAGGAUCAUUGGAAGACCACUUACAUGAUAUUUCUCCUGGGAAGAAACAACUUGACUGGAACACGAGGAUGAAAAUAGCUGCUGGGGCUGCAAGGGGAUUGGAAUAUUUACAUGACAAAGCUAAUCCUCCUGUCAUAUACCGUGAUUUAAAAUGCUCCAACAUUUUGCUUGGUGAAGGGUAUCAUCCAAAGUUAUCUGAUUUUGGUCUGGCUAAACUUGGCCCUGUGGGGGAAAACACCCAUGUAUCAACAAGGGUUAUGGGAACCUAUGGAUAUUGUGCACCAGAGUAUGCAAUGACAGGUCAACUGACUCUGAAAUCAGAUGUCUAUAGCUUUGGUGUUGUUCUUCUGGAAAUGAUUACUGGAAGGAAAGCAAUUGACAAUUCAAGAUCUGCAGGAGAACAGAAUCUUGUUGCAUGGGCCAGACCCUUGUUCAAAGAUCGAAGAAAAUUCUCACAAAUGGCUGAUCCGAUGCUCCAAGGUCAAUACCCUUCAAGAGGGCUAUACCAGGCCCUUGCUGUUGCAGCUAUGUGUGUUCAGGAGCAGGCCAAUAUGCGUCCAGUUAUAGCUGAUGUUGUCACUGCUUUGAGUUACCUUGCGUCACAAAAAUAUGAUCCCAAUACACAGACUGUACAAAGCUCUCGCCUUGCUCCUGGAACUCCUCCUAGAACCAAGAGGGGAUAGUGGUAUAGAGCUCAAUGUUUGUUAAAGGUAGUCUGGUGCAAAUUUCAAACAUCUUACAGUAUAUUGAAAGAUAUAUAGAUUUGUAGAUGUUAAUACUGGUUGUCUUAUGGUGGUGUUCUUUGUUCAGAGCAUAGUUGCUAAAAUUGUUGUAAAAUUUUGUUCUACUUCUGGUGCACAUAAGUGCUCCUAUUUUCCAAUUGGAGCCAAGAUGGAAUAUCCACUUCCUUUUUUUCCCUUAGUUUCUAUUUUUAAAGCAAAUUACUGGAUUCAUGAUUCAUGUUCCUUCUUUCUUGGCAUAUAGUUGUAAUUUUUCUUUAUCCUGGUCGUUUGUACAGUAACGAAAACUCUGUAAAAUUUGGCUUUUUCACCCCCAAGGAAGUAUAACAUAAUAUCAUGUGUUAUCUCCUA